AUGUGGUUUUGGAGCCUGCUGCGCCGGCGCCGGCUCAUCGGGCGGGAGGAGCUGUGGAGGCACCGGUGGCGCCGGGUGCCGCAGGGUGUGGCGCAGGGCUGCUGGGUGAGCAUCCAGGGCCUUGUCCUGCAGCUGCCUGUCGAGCUCUUUGACAAGCACCCGGGCGGGAGCGCGGUGCUCCGCGACGCCGCGGGCCACGACGUGACGGAGGCCUUUGCGGGUCACAGCCAGCACGCCCGGCGCUGGGCGGACGCCUAUGUCAUCGGCUAUUGCCCGGAAGUCUUCGACCAGGCCAUCCCCUCUCACUUGGCGAAUACUGCGCCCUGUGCCGGUUGCUUUCUUGGCAUCCGGCGGCUCUUGCGACGCAUGCCGCUGCCCCAGUGGCGAGUCUUGUCGGAUGACUCGUUCAUCGGGGAUAAAUUGGAGUUCAAUCCCUCGGGAGACUUGGCAUUGGGCCUUUGGGGCAUCCGCUUACGGGCUGAGUUUGUGGAGGAGAAUGUGGACAUUCAGAAGGUGUUGGUCGGAAUCGUGCACUUGGUGAGCAUCAUCACUUUCUGCCGCCUUUGUUGCUGCACUCGAGAUCAGCCAGCUGACCAAGCAGAUGUGAAUGCUGAGGUCAAUCGAGAUGCACUUCAGCCACAGAAGUCGCUCUGCUCUAGUUACUUGCUGUGGCUGAACCCUCUCUUCCCAGCGCACCUCUUCUACUUGGAUCGCUUAGUCCAUGCGCUUAUGGCGGUGUGGACCCUCAACUUCUGCUUCUUGGGCUGGCUUGCGGAUGCGUUCCUCAUGCCGUUCUAUGUGCGCAGCUUUAACCAUUCGCGCUGUGCACCGAAUGCUCCCAGCGACAACAGCCGGAGAAGAUUGUUGUGCAAGUUGCCUUUGCUCCUACUGGGACUACUGGCGGCCAUUUUGAUUCUACUCGCAUAUCUUCCAGCCAUUCUGCACAAGCUGCAGGUGGUGGACAUCGACCGCAUCGCAGCGCAGACCCAGGUAAAUCCCUACGAGCUACUGCAGCUGAGCCAGAGCGCUUCGCCCAGCGAGGCCAGGAUGGCAUACCGAAAUGCGAGCCUCCGAUGGCAUCCUGAUCGCAAUCCUGGGUGUGGGAAGGAGUGCGAGGAGAAGAUGUCCGAGAUCACCAAGGCAUACGACCUCAUCAAGAAGCGGCAGGCGCCGCCGCCCCCAGAUCGCACCUGGGAGGGCUUGAUGCAGGCCAUCUUCCAAGAUUGGAAGCACGUCUUCGAGGUCAUUGAAAUUCGCAAAGAGAAUUGA